CCUUCGUCAGCGGAAAUGCGUACCCGGCUCCUUUCGGUCUCCACGGCGGUCUCUCCUCUCAUUGGCCGGUUCCGCGGGGCGGGGCUGGGGGCGUUGCCCUGGGUGCCGGGCGCUGAGACUGUGAUGGGCAGGUCAGCGCGCAGGCGCUGUGGCUCUGUUAUGGCGGCCGCCGCCGGGAGGAACGUGGUGUUCGUGACCGGCAACGCCAAGAAGCUAGAGGAGGUCCUUCAGAUCCUUGGGGAUGCAUUUCCCUACAGACUGGUCGCAAAAAAAAUUGACUUGCCAGAAUACCAAGGGGAGCCAGACGAGAUCUCCAUUCAGAAAUGUCGGGAAGCAGCAAAUCAGGUCAUGUCCUUUUCCGCUUUUCCCACUUCCACAGGUAUUCAGGGACCUGUUAUAGUAGAAGAUACUUGUUUGUGUUUCAAUGCCUUGGGGGGCCUCCCAGGACCAUAUAUAAAAUGGUUUCUAGAGAAGUUAAAACCAGAAGGUCUGUACAAGCUGUUAGCGGGGUUUGAAGACAAGUCUGCUUAUGCUCUUUGCACCUUUGCAUUCAGCACUGGAAACCCGGAGGACCCGGUGAAGCUGUUCAAAGGCCAAACUUGUGGUCGCAUUGUUGAACCCAGAGGCCCCAGAGACUUUGGCUGGGAUCCUUGCUUUCAGCCUGACGGUUAUGACCAGACGUAUGCUGAGCUGCCCAAGGCAGUGAAGAACUCCAUCUCUCAUCGCUACAGAGCACUCAAAGAGCUCUCCGGCUACUUCAGUCAGCAGAACAACCCAGCAGAAGCCACCUCCACUCCCAGUUAGGCUUCCGGUGUCUUGGGCUACGUCCACACUGCAAUAAAUACCCCACGGCACCGAGCCUCGGAGCCCGGCUUGAUUGACUCGGGCUUGCGGGGCUUGGGGUGUGGGACUAAAACUUGCAGUGUAGUUGCCUGGGCUCGGGCUGGAGCCUGGCUUUCGCUGGUUUUCGGAGCCUGGGCUCCAGCCAAGUCUGAACAUUUCCAGUGCCAUUUUUAGCCCUGCAGCCCGAACCCCAUGACCCCAAGUCAGCUGACCCAGGCCAGCCGCGAGUCUCUGAUUGCAAUGAAGAUGUGCCCUUGGGGACACCAGACUUUUACAGAGAGUUGUAUGUGAGAUGUGGGGUCCAUUUGUGGUCGUCUGUACUGUCUAUGUAGAAUAAAGCUGCCCACUUUAAAACUGG